ACUUGCCGAACUGCGUUUUCUGCUGCUUUCCGGGAUUGCAUCUUGCACAAUCAAGCGGACCUGCUGGCGCAGGUGAACAGUUUAAAUCAACAGCUGGGCAACAAGAGCCUCGUGAAAAUGGUUUAUUUGCCCAACGACUGCCCUUCCCUUCCCGUCAACAGCCUGGAUGACCUGAGGGCCUUGAACCUGUACCUUGAAGCAAGAGACAAGCUUCAGCACAUGGUGGACUACUACAGCCAGAAGGGAGGCACCGACAAAAAUGCCGACACGCGCGCCUUGCUGACCUGCCUUGUCCACAACGAUGUGGCUGGACGUUGCAGUUGGAAAGGGUCAAAAGGGCGGAAGGAGCCCUUCGAUGAACUGAAAAAUAUAAUGACCUUGUUGCUCGCUGCUGGCAAGGCGAAGUAUGCAGACUUAACCGAGGCGACAAUUCAAGACGUGACGAAGAGGUGGCUCUGGUCGUUAGUCGACCGGGAUGGUGGGCGGAGCAAGAGGCGCCAUGUGGAAAGUGAAAAUGUUCAAUAAACGUCGUACCAGAAAAUUCUCAGCUUAUUUGUGUUAACAAGAAAAACCAACUGCCAAUUAGUGCAUCUUUACAUCUGGUUUCAAGUGGUUGACCAGAACUGAUAUACUUCCAGCUU